UAAACAAAAAGGGGAUGGAUGCGGGCGAUGUAAACAAGAGUGUAUACAGUCAAAUCUUUAAACGCACACUGCGGCCAGCUCAAAGCUUCUCCCUCGUCUUCUCCGCCUCUCUAUUCUCUCUUUUCUUCUUCAUCUUCUUCUAAAAUCACUCUCCCUCUAUCUCUCUCAUUCACUCUUCAACCCCCAUUUCUCUCUCUCUCUCACAAUGGCUUCUCCAUUCCUUGCUAAGACCACAACUGCAGCCAUUUCCUUCUCUUCCUCGGUCUCCACCUCCCUCCCAUGGCGCUUCUCCAGCCCCUCCUCUUCCGCCGCAUUUCCUGUCAAACCCCGCCGGAGGAUAUAUACCGUCAAAUCCAAGAUCAGGGAGAUCUUCAUGCCUGCUCUCAGCUCCACCAUGACCGAGGGCAAGAUCGUUUCCUGGAUUAAGUCCGAGGGUGACGUUCUCUCCAAGGGCGAGAGUGUUGUCGUUGUCGAAUCCGAUAAGGCUGAUAUGGAUGUCGAGACCUUCUACGACGGAAUUCUUGCCGCGAUUGUCGUCGGCGAAGGUGAGACCGCCCCGGUUGGAGCUCCAAUUGGGUUGUUGGCUGAGACUGAUGAAGAAAUCGCCGAGGCCAAAGCCAAAGCGGCAGCGAAAUCCGGUUCUUCCUCUAAUGCUACUACUACUCCCGCCGCCCUUUCGCCAUCUUCUCCGCCUCCGGCUUCGAGUCCCGCCCCAAUUGCUCGGUCUUCGCCUCCUCCUCCGCCUCCUUCUGAGGGGCCCAGGAGGAUUGUGGCCACGCCUUAUGCGAAGAAGCUCGCUAAGCAGUAUAAGGUGGAUAUUAAAUCGGUAGCGGGCUCUGGGCCAUUUGGGCGCAUUACGUCCGAGGAUGUGGAGGCUGCGGCUGGAAUUACACCUUCAAAGAGUUCUGUUGCUGCAGCGCCUGCUCCGGUGGCUGCCACUCCUCCCAAAGCUGCUCCUUCUUCUGGUUCUGCUUCUUUGCCUCCUCCGCUUCCGGGCUCUACAAUCGUGCCAUUUACUACAAUGCAAGCUGCUGUUGCUAAGAAUAUGAUAGAGAGUCUUAAUGUGCCGACUUUCCGAGUUGGAUAUCCGGUGACAACUAAUGCGCUUGACGCGCUGUAUGAAAAGGUGAAACCAAAGGGUGUGACCAUGACUGCCUUGUUGGCUAAGGCUGCUGCUAUGGCUCUUGCUCAGCAUCCAAUUGUGAAUGCGACGUGCAAAGAUGGGAAAAGCUUUACAUAUAAUAGUAACAUAAACAUUGCAGUUGCCGUGGCAAUCAAUGGCGGCCUUAUAACCCCUGUUCUUCAGGAUGCUGAUAAGAUGGAUCUGUAUAUGUUAUCUAGAAAAUGGAAAGAGCUAGUUGAGAAAGCCCGUUCCAAGCAGUUGCAACCUCAUGAAUAUAAUUCAGGAACUUUCACUGUAUCCAAUUUGGGCAUGUUUGGAGUGGACAGAUUUGAUGCUAUUCUUCCUCCAGGCCAGGGGGCUAUCAUGGCUGUUGGAGCCUCUAAGCCAACAGUUAUCGCUGAUGCAGAUGGAUUUUUCAGUGUAAAGAGUAAAAUGCUGGUGAAUGUAACAGCCGACCACCGGAUUAUUUAUGGUGCUGAUUUGGCUGCCUUCCUGCAGACCUUUUCAAAGAUCAUUCAGAAUCCGGACAGUCUCACAUUAUAGACGGUGUCUCAGGUUCCUACAGAUUAAAAUCUUUUGGCUCGACAUCUCUAGAUUUCAUGAUUUAGAAAAAUGUCACGGCAAAGAAAAAAAAUGGAAAAAGCAGAGACUAUUCAAAAGCAGAACCUAAGAGCCUGUUUUUGCUAUGGUCUCUAGCAAUUCUAUGCUUUGUGUACGUCAUUUUGUUUUGAACUUAUUAGUUUGAGGUGGUUUGUCAUAUACUGUCGAGCUGAAUUUAAAGAGAGAAAUAACAUGUUUGAGGAUUUUGAUUAGAGUCAGUGGGGAUUUUCUUAGUCAAGUAAGUAAUUUAUUCGGUGUAAUAAUUUCUUUUACUAUAUAAAUUAUUGUCAGUAAUUUUAUUAGAUCCCGUA